UGGACACGUCACUCACGCGCCAACAGGAUCAGUUGUAGUCUCUUCUAAAGAGAGAUAGAGAGACUAUUUUUAAACAUUAGGUGUUUCUGAUCUGGUUUCCAACAACCUAUACAUGUUGUGGUCCACGCGUUAAUUUCCCUUGGGUAAUGCUGUAAAAUGUAUGCAAAUGCCAGAAAUGUAUCCACAUCCAAAUCCUCCAAGAAGUCCAGCAGUCAGACAACCAUCAGCCGAUUCUUCUCAAGUGCACGCGAUACAUCUCAACCAACGGAUCUACCUAGGAUUAACAGCCAGGACCGACGCCAUAAGGGCAGAGGAAAGAAGAGGUUAUCUGAUGGAGAAGCGUCCUCUGAAAAGCGACCCAAACUGUCACACGAUGUGGAGGACGAGAGAGUUGAAGAAUGCAAUGUUAAUCCCAAAACCUUAGGAAAGAUGGUAUCUAAUAGAGCCAGUGUCAGCCAUGCCACCCUGUCGAGGCUUAAAAAUUUCAGCUGCCCAGUGGACCCGGAGAGCAGAGUUUCAGAUCAGGGUACAAAGAUAGAGGUCGAGCCAUUUGACUUGGGAAAAGCUGACAGUUCUGCCAAACAACACCACAAUGCAGUCAAGAAGAACACCCUGUCUGAGUCAGCGGAAGAGGUCAAAGAAGAGCCUCUUCAGUUUAAAAAGGAGUUUUCCUUCAGUCAGUUUGCUAAGAAUACUGCAAUCACAAAGAGUUCCCCAGAGUCUGCUGUUCCCAACAGGAAAACGAAGACCAUUUACACUCCCCUAGAGGAACAGUACAUGGAAAUCAAAAAGCAACAUAUGGACACAGUGCUUUGCGUUGAGUGUGGCUACAAGUACAGGUUCUUUGGUAAGGAUGCAGAGAUUGCAGCAAAGGAACUCAAUAUCACUUGUCAUAUGGACCAUAACUUCAUGACUGCCAGCAUCCCCACUCAUCGCUUGUUUGUGCAUGUUCGGCGACUGGUUUCUCAGGGAUAUAAGGUAGGUGUUGUGAAGCAGACAGAGACUUCAGCUAUCAAGGCCUCCAGCACUAACAAGAGUUCUCUUUUCACACGACAACUAAGUGCACUUUACACCAAAUCCACGCUUGUAGGAGAAGAUGUGAAUCCUCUUCUGAAGUUGGGAGAUUUGGAGCAGGCUGAAGAUGUGGUGCAAGACAGUGGCAACAACAACUAUCUAAUGUGUGUGAGCAAGAGUUUUGAUAAACAGAGCAAGGAGAUGACCAUAGGCAUGGUGGUGGUCCAGCCAAGCAUAGGAGAUGUAAUGGUGGACUGUUUUAAAGAUAGCGUGUCCCAUUCAGAGUUGGAGUCCAGGGUGCUGAGAAUCAAACCUGUAGAGAUCCUGGUGUCUUCAGACCUCUCUGAGACGACUGAGAGGGUGUUACGCAAUAUUGCUCUGUCCAGUGUCCAAGCAGAUGACCGAAUUCGCAUUGAGAAACGUGAAAGUGCUCUCUUUGAAUACCCGACUGCAAUGAGAGUUAUCAAAGACUUCUACAAAGACACUACUCAUUCAACACUGGGAAACCAUGAAAAGGGUUCCUACUCUCUCUGUAUGGACCUGGAGAGCCCGAUUAUCUGCUGUCUUGGUCCGGUGAUUGAGUAUCUGACUGAGUUUAAGUUGGAAAAGAUUUUGCUGUGUUCCAGCUCAUUCAGAAGACUUUCGAGUGAUGCAGACCAUAUGGUGCUCAAUGCUACAACCAUGAAGAACCUGGAGAUCCUGUGUAACCAGACAACAGGUUCUGUGAAGGGAAGUUUGCUCUGGGUUCUGGACCACACUCGGACUCCAUUUGGGAAGAGACUGUUAAGAAAGUGGGUGAGCCAGCCCCUGAAGUCUGUCACUGAGAUCUGGGCUCGUCAGGAGGCAGUGGCUGAAAUUUUGCUUUCAGAGUCCAGCGUUAUUCCUUCUCUCCAGUCUUUGUUAACUCGGCUGCCAGAUCUCGAGAGAGGACUUUGCAGUAUCUACCAUAAAAAAUGUUCUACUCAGGAAUUUUACCUCAUUGCCUGCACUCUCUCUCGCCUGAGUGCUGAGCUUCAAGCCCUCAUGCCUGCCAUCCAAUCACAGCUCAGCUCUGCCCUUCUAAAGAACAUCCUGCUGGACACACCCCGGCUUCUAAGCCCUGCCCACAACUUUCUGAAUGUACUUGAUGAGAGAGCUGCAAAGACCGGUAAUAAGACAGAGUUGUUUGUGGAUCUGACUGACUUUCCAGUUAUCCGGACGAGAAAAGAUGAGAUCCAGAGUGUUCUAUCGGACAUAAUGGAGCAUCUGCGAGAUGUACGCCUGAUCUUAAAAAAACCAUCGUUGGACUACACAACUGUGUCUGGUCAGCAGUUUCUCAUUGAAGUGAAGAACAGCAUGUCAUCCAUUGUCCCGGCAGACUGGGUCACAAUCAACAGCACUAAGGUUGUGGGACGCUAUCACACUCCAUUCAUUGUGGAGAAACAUCAGCGCUUGCAGCAGCUUCAAGAGCAGCUUGUUAUUGACUGCAGUCACGAGUGGAUCAACUUCCUUCAGCUAUUUGGGGACCAUUACUACAUCCUGAAGAAAGCAGUGUGUCACCUAGCAACCAUGGACUGCCUCUUCUCAUUGGCCCAGGUUGCUAAAGAAAAUAAUUACUGCAGACCCAAGGUUCUGGAGGAGCAGAGUCAGAUAUUGAUUACGGGAGGCAAGCAUCCAGUCAUCACCUCACUGAUGGGAGAUCAGGACCAGUAUGUGCCCAAUGACACUCACUUACAGGGAGAUGGGAAGCGAGCCAUGAUCAUCACUGGGCCAAACAUGGGCGGUAAGAGCUCUUACAUUCGACAGGUUGCCCUGGUGACCAUCAUGGCACAGCUGGGAUCCUUUGUUCCUGCCAGAGAGGUGUCAGUGGGCAUUGUAGAUGGUAUAUACGUCAGGAUGGGAGCAUCUGACAACAUCUCAAGGGGCAGGAGCACCUUUAUGGAGGAGCUUAUGGAAGCAUCAGAUAUUUUGGCACGUGCCACCUCCCGUUCACUGGUCAUCCUGGACGAACUGGGUCGAGGCACCAGCACACAUGACGGCAUUGCCAUCGCCUAUGCUACCCUGGAGUCCUUCAUCAGAGACGUGAAGUGUCUGACAUUGUUUGUGACCCACUACCCUCCGUUAUGUGAGCUGGAGCAGCUGUACCCGCAACAUGUGGGGAACUAUCACAUGGCUUUCCUGCUCAAUGAGCCAGAGAGCACUUCUGAUGAGGAGGAGGUGCACCCAGAGUUCAUCACAUUUCUCUAUCAGCUGACUGAAGGCGCAGCGGCCAGGAGUUACGGGCUAAAUGUAGCACGUCUGGCAGAAAUCCCGGAGUCAAUCCUCAGGACAGCUGCUCUCAAAUCCAAAGAGUUGGAGGCUCUCGUGAACAGCCGGAGGAAAAUGGUGAGACUGUUAUCUGAUGCCUGGAAUAUCACCAACAAGGAAACAUUACUGGAUUGGAGACAGUGUAGUCCCCAGAUAUAGUAGAGGUUGCAACAAAACAAAAACAAACCCACAAACAGGAACUGAUGCAUUGAAUAUUAUCUAUUUCCUUCUUUAAGGCAAUAGAUCAACACAAGUUUAAAUAUCUUGUCUUUAUAGAUACACUCAUAUGAAAGUGCUUUACCAGUACAUGUACUUUGACCAGAAGAUAUGAUGAAAGUAAAAGCUGUAUUUGUGCUCAAAGGAACAAAAUGAUGGGUCUUAAUGAAAUUGUUAGUGUUGUUGUGAUUAAAUUGGAAAAUCUAGAAUAAUUUUCUAAAUUGUGGUGUCAUUCUCUUCUCUGUUGUCAGUGCUAAUUCAAGUUGCCUCUGUAAUCGAAUUGUCCUCCAAAGGUGAAGCCUGCGGUGAAUGAUAAUUAUUCUUCAUAAAAGCAGACUGAG